AUGCUUAGUAAGUGUGCACCAGAAAGUCUUCGUCAUCAAGAAUUUUCAUCAUCAUCAGAUGUAUGGAUGUUUGGUAUUACUGUUUGGGAACUAUUUACUUUAGGUACAGAAAAUCCUUGGGCUGGUCUUUCCGUACAUGAGAUUUUAAAAGCACUAGAAGAACGUGGUGAACGUCUUCGAUGUCCUGAUAUUUGUCCACCAUUAAUCUAUUCACUUUUAUUAUCAUGUUGGUCAUUAAAUCCAAUUGAACGACCUAAAUUUAAUAAAAUAACAUCUCAUUUAAAUCAAUAUCGUCCAAUACAAUAUCGAGUUAUUCGUGAUAGCAAACAAUUAAAUCAAAUAACAUUAAUACGUGGUGAUACAGUUAGUGUAUUUGAAUCAUUAGUUGAUAAAGCAAUUUGGAAAGGACAAAAUCAUCGAACACAACAUGUUGGAUUUUUUCCAAGAAAUUCUCUUUCAAUAACAACAACAAAUACAAAUGAAAAAAUAAGUUGGCCUGUAAGAGGAAGUUUUAUUCAUACGGGUCAUAGUGAUGCAACUGGACAAGGUCUUUCAUGGGGAAAAAUUGAUAAAAUUGACGAAACUAUAUUAAGUAAUCCAAUUGUUACAACAAUUGAUACAAAUGAAAGAGAUGAUAAUGUACAAAUUGUAUCAAAUAUUCUUCAAUUAAAUAAUUCAAAUAAGAAUAAACCAAUAAUAACUCGAGCUCCACCACCGAUUCCAAAAUCUGCUCCAACAAUAUCUGAUGAUUUGUUAUUAAUCGAUUUUAGUGAUACAUCUUUACAAAAACCUUCCAAUGAACUUACUCAAAAUCAAUCUCUUAAACCUUCCAAUGAACCUAUUCAAAAUCAAUCUUUCAAACCAUUAACAACAACAAUUGAAAGUGUUCAAUCAUCUGAUAAACAACCAAAAUUUACAAAUAAUUUAAAUAAUGCACACCAAUUUGUUACUAAAGUCGUUACAGGUGUGACUGAACAAUUAAAAAAUGAUUUUCCCCGUUUAAAUUCAUCAAAAACUGAAUAUACUCCGCCACUUGUUCGACGAUUUACAAUACCUUAUCCAACUUCAUACUAUAAUCUUCAUCGACCACAAUGA